CUUUCUGAAACAAAGGUCUUCACUGCAUCUUCUGUUCCAGCUGAGAAUCACAUCACUCCUGGGCAAAGCAUUGACCUAGUAACGUUACUUCAGAAACCUGUGACUUCUAGCCAAGAAACAGAAGGCAACUCUUUCGAGUCUCCCCAACAGCAGAGCUUUGGCCAAGCCCUAGUCUUCACGAAUUCCCAACACAACACCCAGAUGGCAUCAGGAACUGGCAAUUCCAGUGCUGUCAACUCCUAUUCUCCUCAGAGUCUGUCUUCAGUUCUCUGUUCUGGGUUUGGAGAACUUGGAUCCUCUAAAUUAGCAAACUCCACUGGAUCUCCGCUCUUGGACCAGUUGAAGUCUCCAGGUUUGGGUCAGUUCACCUCUCCGAGCUCUCAGCAAAACAGCAGUAGCUCCACUGCCACCACUGCUACCACCACAUCAUCCUGGGAUCUAAAACCCCCUAUUAGCCAAUCCUCUGUCCUCAGUCAGUUUGACUUUAAAUCCCAGCCUGAACCAUCCCCAGUUCUCAGCCAGCUGACCCAACGACAGCAACAACAGACACAGGCAGUCCCUGUUCCUCCUCCUGGCUUGGAGUCCUUCUCCUCCCAAGUAAAACUCCGAGAGCCAUCACCAGUAGACAGUUCUAUGGCUGCAAGCAAAAUGCUGCAGCUCCCUAGCAUGUCUAUGGAUAACCAGGCAGUGUCUGCCCAUCAAACGCAGCAGAAACAGAUCAAACCACCGAAACGGAGGAUACCCCCGGCUUCUAAGAUCCCUGCCUCUGCAGUGGAAAUGCCUGGAUCGGCCGAUGUGACGGGGUUAAAUGUUCAGUUUGGAGCUCUGGAGUUUGGGUCAGAGCCUUCUCUCCCAGAGUUUGGGUCGGCCCCAAGCAAUGAGAAUAUUAGCCAGGUGCCCAGCAACAGCUUGUACUCGAAACCUGUAAAUGAUCCUUUGAAUACCUCUUUGCCAAUAUCCAAUACAGUACAGGAGUCCACCUACACAACCUCUGCCAUCACUUCUUCCAGUCUGACCUGCUCAUCCCAGAGCACUAGCCCCGUAACAACAACUUCCUCCUAUGACCAGACUUCUGUGCAUAGCAGGAUAGCAUACCAAAGCUCCAUGGCUCCAUCGGACUCAACCCCUGUUGCAGUCACGAAUGGGCACAGUGGUGUUCGAACACAGCCAACUCUUGACACUACUUCAUCAGUUCCAACGUCUAAGACAGAAACCUCUCCCUCGCUACCUACUGCGGGGUCUCUGCCUAGCACGGCGUCCUCCACUGCUUCGCUUCUGCCUUCAGCUCCACAGCACACAGCAACGUUACCCAGCUUGCCCCAGUCCAGUGACUUGGCCAGCAGCUCACUCUCCCAGUUAAGCAGUUCCCUCUCCAAUCAUCAGAACAGCCUCUCCUCUGCUGCAGCGCUGUCUGCGAGCACCUCACAUGCGCACACCAGUGUGGAGAGCACAGCUUCACUCCAGCCCUCAACAACCUUUUCAACUGCUUCAACCUCAGCCACUAGCACCACAUCCUCAGUUGUCAGCAUGGCAAGCAGUAUGAACACUACAAACAGCCUUGGCCUGAGCGUUACCAGUGUGUCUAUGCCAGCUGCUUCUACACGGGCAGCUCCCUUAGUGUCUUCAGGCAAAGCUCCCCCCAACCUGCCCCAAGGUGUACCACCCUUGUUGCAUAACCAGUAUAUUGUGGGACCUGGAGGACUCCUGCCUGCCUACCCACAGAUCUAUGGUUAUGACGAUCUUCAGAUGCUCCAAUCCAGGCUGCCAAUGGAUUAUUAUGGAAUUACAUUCCCUGCUCCUGCAACCUUGACAGGCAGAGAUGGGAGCCUUGCUAACAACCCAUACUCAGGUGAUGUAACAAAAUUUGGCCGCGGGGAUUCUGCCUCCCCUGCUCCUGCUACCACCCUGGCCCAGCCGCAGCAGAAUCAGACGCAGACGCACCAUACCACUCAGCAGCCCUUCCUAAACCCUACGCUGCCCCCAGGAUACAGCUACACGGGAUUACCAUAUUACGCCGGCGUGCCAGGAGUACCCAGUGCAUUCCAGUAUGGGCCCACCAUGUUUGUACCUCCAGCAUCAGCCAAGCAGCAUGGCGUCAAUUUGAACACCGCUUCCACCCCGUUUCAGCAGGCAAGUGGUUAUGGACAACAUGGUUAUGGAGCAGGCUAUGACGACUUAACGCAGGGAACGGCGGCUGGAGACUACAGCAAAGGAGGCUACAGUGGGUCAUCUCAAGCACAAAACAAAUCUGCUGGCACUGGACCUGGGAAAGGUGUUUCUGUGACCUCAAGUAACACAGGUGUGCCUGAUAUCAGUGGCUCAGUCUAUAACAAGACUCAGACGUUUGACAAGCAGGGAUUCCAUGCCGGCACACCGCCUCCUUUCAGCCUGCCAUCUGCUCUUGGAUCCACUGGGCCACUGAACCCUGGUGCUGCCCCAGGUUAUGCUCCAGCCCCGUUCCUGCAUAUCCUGCCUGCACAUCAGCAGCCUCAUUCCCAGAUGCUGCAUCACCACCUUCAGCAAGAUGGGCAGGGUGGAUCUGGCCAGCGCAAUCAGCCAAGCACCAUGCAGCAAAAGUCUCAGGCUACCAAAACCGCCUAUGGCACUUCUCCAUACUGGACAAACUAAAAACGAAACAAGGAAGGGGGGGAGGCAGGGGGAGACUGAAAGAAGAAAAAGCCGAUGCCCAUUCCUGGAACUAUUAGGAGAAAAAGUAACUGCUCAGCCAAACGUCUGUGCGGGGAGAACUGCAGCCAGCCAUCCUUCUGUGGCGCUCGCCCGCUCCCUCUUUGAGUUGCUGUUGUAUGUAAUAUAUUUAUGUAUGUAUUUGUAAAUGUAAUAGAGCCUAAAUGUGGUUUCUGCAUCUUUGCAGCCUGUUUUAUUUUCUUUGUAGGGAGAAUUAAUUAUUCACUUCCAUUCUGCACCAGGGCAUCUUCCUUGGUUUUUGUUUUUUUUAAGCUCGAAGGGCUUUAUAAUCUGUCAAAAGACAAACUGUGCCAUUUUUGUUGAAGGAGCCCAUUUAUUUAACGCAGUUCCUAGUUCAGGCAGAUGGGAAGGCCUGGCCCGAAAGACAAAUCAAGGGUUCUGUCUCCUGUUGGUUUGAUUUUUUCCUUUCAGAUGUAGCCGUUACUUUUUUAAACUGUUUUUUGUGGGCCCUCUCCCUUCUUUUGUCCCCUACCUCCCCCCACCGCCUCUGGUGUGGAAGACUAACUCUCGUGGACAGUUUUGUUACCGUGGCCACGAGCUGCAGCAUCAUCUUUUUAUUUCACAAUUUUUAAAUAAAUAAAAAAAAUUUGACAGGGUUUUUUGUUUCUCUAGCAAGAGACUUUGGAUGGCUCAGUCAGUGUGUCCUGGAACCUCCUUUGCAUCAUUAGAGGCAAAACUAUGUAGCGGUUUCUUAAAUAAAAGUAUAAGCUGUCUCUUGUACCUCUUCUUGCCCCAAGCCGCCCCUGCCCAGGAUACCCAGAGCUAAUGGAUGGAAACUUCAUUACCCCUCCCCACUUUUUUUUAAAAAAAGACUGAUGGAGAAAGCUAUUAGUCCUUCCUGUCCUGCACCAGUACGGUGAAUGUUUUAGAAGUUUCAUUUCUUUUUAGCCCUUACUCCACCUAAUAAAGAUCUGAGCGUAUAACUGG